AGGUAUUCUGUUUUAUAUUCUGUUAAGGUUGCUGAAAAUGAGAGAAGAAGCGAUCCACCAGAUGAGAGUCCACUUCUACUACCAGCAGCUGCUUGAUCAGUCAGUGUGGGCUCCACUCGACCUGCCGGCACUGGUGACAGAGAAUAUCCCCAAUCCACCGGAGAGAAUCUUCUGGAAGGCUGUGCUCCUCCUACCUAGCGACCAUGACAAUGAAACCAGCCUGGCAGACGGGAUCCUGUCAGACUGGCUGGAGGUGAAGCUUGGUGGGGGUAAAGACUCAGAGGGGAUGGACGAGCAGCUGGACGGCGCACUACAGACCCUCUGUGUCACCAACACACUCCAGGAUAGAGGAGAACACACCCACAAAGUUCACAUCAGCAUCAAGGCGUCCCGGGGCCCUCUGUCUGAGGACGGCCUGUCCAAAGCAGAGGGGCUCAGUGAGCUUCAGGGGACAGCCGCUCUGAUGGUGCUGCUCCCCGCCAUGCCCCUCACCGAGCAGGAGGAGCAGGACAUCCCCCUGCUCUCCGCCCUGCUGCAGCUUAAACAGCUCCAGCAGGCCAAAGGGAGCUGGCACUGCCCGCUGCCUCUGGCCGUCCUGGUGCCAGGGCCGGCCGGGGGCCCCGGGGACACACAGGAAAUCGAAGAAG